AUUGUGAUCGUUUCUGUGCACGUUGACAACUUCCCCCUAACCCAACAGCCACAUAUACCCAACUAUCAAACAAUGACCACCUCCAACCCCAAGAUCGAGAACACCUCCUACCACACCCCAGAGUUCCUGGCGCGUUACUACAUCGCCGAGAAGCUCACCGGGCCCUUCGCCGGACCACUCAUCAAACACUCGGGUAUUGCAGAGCGAUCUCACUCCGGUCCACGCAUGAUCUUCGACAAUGCUUGCGGUCUAGGCAUCGUGUCCAGCACGCUGAACCGCAUGCUCGACGACACAACAAAGAGCCGCUGGAGCUUGACAUGUGGUGAUCUAACCGAGACGAUGAUUGACUCCACCCGUCAACGUAUCGACCAGGAGAAAUGGCCAAACGCGGAAGCGAAGGUAGUGAAUGCGCAGAGCACCGGUCUUCCAGAUGAGUCGUUCACGGACAUAUUUGCUGCGUUCGCCUUUACCUUAUUCCCCGAUGCGCAGGCAGCGAUGAAUGAAUCCUAUAGGAUCUUGAAACCCGAUGGGGCGCUUGCGAUUUCGACCUGGAAGAACCCUACCUGGAUCUCUCUGCUGCGGUCUGCUAUCCUUGGAAUGUCUGCGGACCUGAGUUUUCCAACCACGGAAGAGUUCCUGGCCAUGCAUAACGAGGGCUGGGACGCCGAAUCGUUUGUGAAGACGGAAUUCGAGAAGGCAGGGUUCAAAGAGGUUAAAGUGACCACUGUGACAGAGCAGGUCCAGAUCCCGAUUUCUCCAUUCCUGGAACUCUCGCGAAGUAUGUUGGAUCUGGUGAUAGAAAAGUCAUGGACCCAGGAUCAGCGAAAGCAGUAUGGGGCGGAGGCACCAGGGGCGUUGCAGAGGUUUUUGGAGGAGAGGUUUGGAGUUGAUGGGCUAAUCACCAUGGAGCCGUCGGCAGUUCUUGCUCUGGGGACAAAGUAA